AUGCUAGCCAACGUUGAUAUCAACCAAGACACUUUCCUCGACUUCAUCGAUACCUUUAAUAAGUCACUCGAACCUAACCCUUGGAUCAGCGCCGUCAAUUUGGCGGGGUUUGCAGGAGAAGCGCUGCCCGAUCCCGCAUCGCUACUCUUCGGCUUCGCUGUCGAGGCUGCCACGGAGGCCUUCAUGGAGGGACAGAGUUUGUUCUGCUCCAACAAGUUCUUGAACUACGUCAACGCAGAGUUCUUCAUUCCACGAGGGUUAGUCUGCCUCGUUGUUACAUGGCAGCCCGACAACGACAGCGGUCAAUUCGCCACCAACUUUGUGGAGGAAGUGGACGUGCCCCAAACCAAGCCUGAUUUAAAGCAGGAAAUCUCAGAUAUUGCCGCAGAAAAAAAGAAGCCUUCAGAGGGCUGGCAAGAGUUGAAGACAGAGAUGGGCGAGUUGAUGAAACCCACUCAUGGCGACUUCAGCUGGCCUGAGCCGGCGCCUCUUAUCUUCCCGGACUUCAAGGGUACCCCCGAAAUACGUGAUGUUGGAGCUAAAAAGAAGAAAGCUUGGGACAGAAUGGAAGAUUGGAUCAAUGAACACUCAGACAAACGCGCUCAAGCUAGCUGGAUCGACGAGAACAAACAUCACCCAGGGAUAAACCUGGUGCCACAACCAAAGUUCAAGUCACGUUACGCUGACCCGAAUCAUCAAAUAUCUAGUGGUGACCUUGUCUCUUUGGUCACAGGAGGUCGCUGGAGGCUUGCUACAGAUGAAGAAGCCGAGUCCAGCAAGCAGUCAGAGAAGCGGGCUCGAAAGGAUUGUGAGAAAGUGAAGAGAGACGAAAAGAAGAAGAGGAAAGAAGAAAGCAAGAAGAUCACAAAGGAAGACAAAAAGAGAAUCAUUCUGAAAGCGGAGCAAGGAAAGAAGGUUGAUGGCGAAUUCAGCGAGACGGCAGAUCAACAGGAGAAUACGGAUGAGAUCGUUGACCUAAGAAGUCACAAAGUAAAGGAGACCAGCAGAGAUAGUGUUGAGGAAGAUGAUGAAACGAAACCAAACAGAAAAGCCGGAAAUGACGACGUGAAAGGUCACCAGGUUGGGGGACUCAGGGGUGAAAACCAAUCCCAGAAGGCGAAGAAGAAAGCUGGUUCUUCAAGCAAUUCAAGUGAUGUCUUCAAGGAUCUUUUCCAAAAGGACGUACUGUACCUGGCUAUCCUCGAUCUACCAUGCCAGAGGAAGGUGACUGAAGACUUGAGUGAUCAGCCGUAG